AUGGCCCAGUCUCCUGGCUGCUGCUCCAUCUGGGCCCACUGCCUCUAUAGCUGUCACUGGAGGAAAUGUCCCAAGCAAAGGAUGCAGACCAGCAAGUGCGACUGCAUCUGGUUCGGCCUGCUCUUCCUCACCUUCCUCCUGUCCCUGGGCUGGCUGUACAUCGGGCUCGUCCUUCUCAAUGAUCUGCACAACUUCAAUGAAUUCCUGUUCCGCCACUGGGGACACUGGAUGGACUGGUCCCUGGUAGUCCUGCUGGUCAUCUCUCUGCUGGUCACAUAUGCAUCUUUGCUAUUGCUCCUGGGCCUGCUUUUGCAGCUCUGUGGACAGCCUCUACAUCUUCACAGUCUCCACAAGGUGCUACUGCUCUUCAUUCUGCUUCUGGUAACCACGGGCCUGGUGGGACUGGAUAUCCAAUGGCGGCAGGAGUGGCAUAGUUUACGACUAUCACUGCAGGCCACAGCCCCAUUCCUUCACAUUGGAGCAGUUGCUGGAAUCACCUUCCUGGCCUGGCCUGUGGCUGAUUCCUUCUACCGUAUCCAUCCAAGAGGCCCCAAGAUUCUACUACUGUUCCUAUUUUUUGGAGUCACUCUGGCCAUCUACCUGGCCCCCAUAUUCAUCUCCUCCCCAUGCAUCAUGCAACUCAGAGACUUACCCCCCAAGCCUGGGCUGGUGGGACACCGAGGGGCCCCCAUGCUGGCCCCUGAGAAUACCCUGAUGUCCCUGCGGAAGACAGCUGAAUGUGGCGCUGCUGUGUUUGAGACAGAUGUGAUGGUCAGCUCUGACGGAGUCCCCUUUCUCAUGCAUGACGAGCGGCUGCUCAGGACUACCGAUGUAGCCUCUGUGUUUCCAGAGCGAAUCUCAGCUCACAGCAGUGACUUCUCCUGGGCUGAACUGCAGAGACUCAAUGCUGGAUCCUGGUUCCUAGAGAGGCAACCCUUCUGGGGGGCCAAAGAGCUGUCAGGCUCUGAUCGGAAGGAGGCUGAGAAUCAGACAGUACCAGCAUUAGAAGAACUACUUAAGGAAGCAGCAGCCCUCAACCUCUCCAUCAUGUUUGACUUGCGCAGACCCCCAAGAAACCACACAUACUAUGACACUUUUGUGAAUCAGACAUUGGAGGCUGUGCUGAAUGCAAGCGUGCCCCAAGCCAUGGUUCUUUGGCUCCCGGAUGAAGACCGUGCUAGUGUGCAACAGCGGGCUCCCAGAAUGCGCCAGAUCUAUGGACAGCAGAGUGGCAACUGGACUGAGAGUCCCCAGUUUCUCAACCUCCCCUACCAAGACCUGCCAGUGUUAGAUAUCAAGACACUGCACCAGAAUAAUGUCUCAGUGAACCUGUUUGUAGUGAAUAAGCCCUGGCUCUUCUCCCUGCUCUGGUGUGCAGGGGUCGAUUCAGUCACCACCAACGACUGCCGGCUGCUGCAGCAGAUGCAUUACCCGCUCUGGCUUAUUCCCCCUCCAAUUUACUUAAUGAUAUGGAUCACCACCAACGGUGUCUCCUUUCUGCUGCUCUUGGGUGUCUUCCUCCUCCGAGGGAGAUGUGCUGAGAGAAACAGAACCGGCCUAGAAGCAGCAGUGCUACUGACCAAGAUCAACAACGUUAUCUCGGAUUGAAUGCCGAACCCGUGCCCCCAUCAGCUGCAGUCUAAGGCCCGUGUGCACUGGCCAAAGGGAAGGAAAGGAAGUAAAAAGUGGAAUGUCCUGGAAUAAAAUGUUUGGAGGAGGGAGCAUUGCUAAGAGAAGCAUUUGAACUAAGAGGGCCCUCAGUCCAGAUGGUGGGCAUGUCUCAAGCUGCCAUGGAAUUUGCU